AUGACACUAGUUUCAAAUAUCAAUACAAAAGAUCCACAAAUUUUUACAGUUUUUAAACCAUAUGAUGGUAAAUAUCCAUGUUAUCGUCAACCAGCUAUUCUAACUACCAAUGUUCAAAGAACUAAUAUGAUCGUAUUUGCCGAAGGUCGAUUUGUAAAUAAUUGUGCACCAGCAUUGGAAGACGGACUAGAAAAACAUAUCAGUCAAAAUGAGGAUGGUGGAUUAGAAAUGCGUCGUUCAGAAGAUAGUGGAUUCACUUGGCUUCCUGCCCAAACAGUAUACAGAGGAAAUAUCGAUUUCUAUACUGUAGUAUGGGAUAGUACGUCAAACAUGGUUUAUCUGAUGUUACAAGUACUUUCAUCAGUUCUUGUUUUUACAUCUACAAAUGAAGGAAUGACAUGGUCAGACCCAAUACCAUUGAAUGUAUUUCCUCCUUCACCUUUUAGUAAAUCAAUAAAACCUGCUGUUGGUCAUGGUAUUGAGAUCAUUGGAUCACUAUGUGAAGUUAGAAAUUGUUCUGACACUGGAACAUUAUUGAUGCCAUUUGUAUGUACAAAUGGAUCAAGUCAUCCAGGAGUUAAUGGUUCAUGUCCAAGUUGUUAUGCAUGUGUACUAAAAAGUAAAAUGCCAAUAAAAAAUCAAAAACGAGAGUGGAAUUUCACAGGUAUAGCACAACAAUACACUCGAGAAUCACAGCUUGUACAAUUGAUUGCUACUAAUGCGAGUACUUCACAUAUUUAUUUAAAUGGAAGAAAUUUUUCACCAAUACCUGGACAUCGUUAUUUUGCACGUUCUACUAAUGGUGCAGAUGAAUUUACUGAAUUUGGAAUUGAUUCAUCAUUAAUAGAACCAGUUACCAAAUCAUGGACUGGUGUAGUUUGUUCGAUCGAACGCAUAUCUACAAUUCCUAGUCGUAUUCUUUUCAGUGGACCAUCAAAUGCAACAAUACGUUCAAAUUUAACUCUUCGACUUUCAUAUGAUGAAGCCCAUUCAUGGCCAAUAUCUCGUAUACUUUAUUUGGGACUUAGUUCCUAUUCUGAUAUGACAGUUCUCGGUAAUGGAGAUAAUAUCGCUUUAGUUUUUGAAAAUGGUCAACAAACAUUUGCAGAUCAAAUUUCUGUGGCUAUUGUUUCUGUUUCAUGGAUUGAAGGAAAAAGCACUUAA